AGGAGUCAUUGUAACAACAGCAAUACCGAUGUUGACAGAAACAACAACAAAACUACACUCCGUUCCACAGCUGUCAGGUGUACAUCAUGGCCACACUGGGCAUGUACGGUUCCUGACUAGUGUACAGAUGGGCGCGGCUGGGUCCGAGGAGAGAGGCGUGGCAGAAUCAAAGGAGAGGGGCGUGGUUCCACCAACUGAAGGAGAAACUACGCAAAAAGGGGAAAACCUGAAUGAUGAUAAAGGAUGUAUUUCCGGCCGAGUACUUGUGAUAUCUGGUGGGGAUGGUUAUGAAGAUUUUAGUUCUAGCUCUACCUCUGAUCUAGCUGGUAGAGAGGAUUCAACCAAUCAUCUUCUACUCUGGAGUGUUUAAUUCUAGUUUAGUUCUAGUUCUAGUUCUAGUUCUAGUUCUAGUUCUAGUUCUAGUUCUAGUUCUAGU